GUGGGAAGAUGGCAGCCUCAGCGGCUGCCUCGGAGCGCUAUGGGCUGAGUAUCGCUGCGCCGCUGCCGCUUUUGACGCUGUGGCUGAGGUUGGCGGUGAUCGCCCGGCCGGUGGUCGCCCUGACGGAGCAGUACCCGUCCCUGUCCUUGUUUAGGCAGGAGCUGCACCGUCAGCAGGUCCAGGGGGACAGAGGCUGCCCGGAUCUGCUGGCGGCUGACUGGGGCGGGGAACAAUAUGCCGGCGUAGCUGCCGGUGACUGUGAUUCUUCUUUCUUGCACUUUCACGAGUCAGACUGUGAACUACGAGGGUCUCCAUGUGAAUCACUGUUUUCUCUCAAUACUGAAAAACUUCUGAGCCAGGCAAAAUCACUUGCAGAACACAAAAGGUUUCCUUUUGCCACAGAUGAUGACAAUACAAAUGAAGAAUUAGCUAUCGCUUAUGUGUUGAUUAGCAGUGGCCUGUAUGAUGAAGCCAUACGACACUUCUCAACAGUGCUUCAGGAACAGCCAGAACUCAUUAGCGCAAUUUAUGGACGAGGCAUAGCAUAUGGAAAGAAAGGGCUGCAUGAUUUAAAAAAUGCAGAGCUUGCUUUAUUUGAGCUAAGCAGAGUAAUUAGUCUGGCACCAGAUCACCCAGAAGUAUUUGAACAGCGAGCAGAGAUCCUGUCGCCUCUGGGUCGCAUUAAUGAAGCCUUGGCUGACCUCACAAAAGCCAUUCAGCUGAAGCCCUCAGCUCGACUUUACCGGUACAGAGGUACUCUUUACUUCAUAUCUGAGGACUAUGUAACAGCCCAUGACGACUUUCAAAACUCCCUUGAACUAAACAGAAACCAGCCUAUAGCUAUGCUUUACAAAGGUUUGACAUUUUUUCACAGAGGGCUUCUAAAGGAAGCUAUUGAAUCAUUCAAAGAAACCCUAAAGCAGAAAGCAGAUUUUGUAGAUGCGUAUAAAAGCCUUGGGCAAGCCUAUCGAGAGUUGGGUAACUUUGAAGCUGCUGCUGAAAACUUUCAGAAGGCAUUAAUGCUAAAUCAAAAUCAUGUUCAGACAAUACAGCUUGGGGGAAUGUUGCUGUAUCACCAUGGAAACCUGGAUGAAGCUUUGAAGAACUUUAAGAGAUGUCUACAACUUGAGCCAUAUAAUGAAGUGUGCCAAUACAUGAAAGGACUCAGCCAUGUUGCCAUGGGCCAGUUUUAUGAAGGAAUAAAAGCUCAGACUAAAGCUAUGCUAAAUGAUCCUUUGCCUGGUCAGAAAGCUAGUACAGAGUAUCUGAAAGUGAAAUACCUCCGAGAAUAUUCUCGUUACCUGCAUUCGCAUCUUGAUACCCCACUUACGGAAUACAAUAUAGAUACAGAUCUCCCUGGAAAGUUUAAAGAUCACUGGGCAAAAAAUCUUCCUUUUCUUAUAGAGGACUAUGAAGAACAGCCAGGCCUACAACCACACAUAAAGGAUGUGUUGCUUCAGAAAUUUGAAAACUAUAAGCCUGAAAUACAAGAGAUGAUAUGUACAGCUGAUCAUUUGGGUUCACUAAUGCAGUAUGAGACACCUGGAUUUCUUCCAAAUAAGAGAAUACACAGAGCUAUGGGGCUGGCUGCGCUAGAAGUAAUGCAAGCUCUACAGCGUACAUGGGUGAACUCGAAAGUGCGGAUGAAUGGGAAAACUAGGCUGAUGCAGUGGAGAGAUAUGUUUGACAUUGCUGUGAAAUGGCGAAGGCUAGCUGACCCAGACCAGCCAGUGCUAUGGCUAGACCAAAUGCCAGCUCGAAAUCUUAACAGAGGCUUUAACAAUCACAUCAAUCUAAUCAGGGGACAGGUUAUUAACAUGAGAUACAUUGAUUAUUUUGAAAAGAUGCUUCGUUUCAUCAAAGACAGGAUCCUUGCUUAUCACAGUGCUAAUAAACACAAAGAAUUAUUAGAAAUUCGAGAAGCACUGGAACAGGUACAUAAAGUAGAAGACCUUCUCCCAAUAAUGAAGCAGCUGAACAGCAAAACAAAAGAUGGAUUCACUGUCAAUACCAAAGUUCCAAGCCUCAAAGAUCCAGGAAAAGAAUAUGAUGGAUUUACUAUUACCAUAACAGGAGACCGAAUUGGAAACAUACUAUUCUCUGUUGAAACACAGACAACAGAGGAAAGAACACAACUUUAUCAUGCAGAAAUAGAUGCUCUUUAUAAAGAUUUAACUGCCAAAGGAAAAAUACUUGUUUUAUCUACAGAAGCUGGGGAAUCAGAUGCUGUGUGCAAUCUAAUCUUGUCACUUGCAUAUUACUUCUAUAAUUUAAUGCCUCUGUCCAAAGGUUCCAGUGUAGUAGCAUAUUCCAUAAUCAUGGGAGCACUGAUGGCAAGUGGUAAAGAAAUAUCCGGGAAAAUUCCAAAAGGAAAGUUGGUUGAUUUUGAAGCCAUGACAGCUCCUAGCGCAGAAGCCUUCAGCAAAAUAGCAAAAGAUUGGUUGAAUCUGAAAAGCAUUUCACCUACGUACAAGAAUCUUCCAUUGGUUUCAGAAUCCUUUCCAACAUUGCGAAACAUGAUUGAAGCAUUAAGUACAGACUCAUCUCAUUGCCUUAAAAGGCUUUAGUUGCUGUGUAACCUGUUACAAUAAAGUGUGGUGAUCACUUA